ACAGAAAUAGGCGUUUAAUCAAAUUAUUCAGUUUCCGUUUCAGUUUCACUAGCGGGGCAUGAAGAAUAAUGCAUAUUGUCACAAUGUGUUUGAAGUGAUGCCCAACGUUGUUAUAUUUUUCUUUGGUCCUUUGGGACAUAAAGUCCAUUCAAUUUUAACAUGAACAGAGUUCCGCUUGGGGCGAGAAUGGUGUUGCAUAAUUUAUAACCUUUCUUGAACAAACUCCGUAAAACCGAGUCAGACAUUAUUUUGCUUGGUUGCAUUCUAGGCUUCCAAAGGAUCUUUUUAUAGACUUUAUUAAGUGUUGAUCUAUACACAUGUAUUGUGAUUAAUUGGUUUGGAUACGAGGUACAUUUUGUAAUUAAAUGAAAAUGUUUAAUCAAUGCAGACUACUUUUCUUUGAAGUUUCCUGCGAUAAAGAAUUCCGUAGUUAUAAAACAAAGGACGCAAAAGAGCGUAAUAAUUAAAUUGAAUGAAUAAUUUACAAUUCAAUCACUGAAACCAUGAUUUGAUAUCUAACUAAGUUACCAUUAAUUUCUUAAUUUCACUUGAUUUCAAAAUGUUAUUUUUCGUUUUACGUAGUCAUUAUAUUGACUUAUUGUUGUCCAUAGGCUUUUAAACCUUACCUAUUAUUUAGGAUAAUGGACCAUUAAACAAGAAUGUGACUGUUUGAAUUUACAUUUGAGAUUUUACGAGGGGCAUUGAGACUAUCAUUAUGUGUCAUCUUUGUCUAAAUGAAAGUAAUGGUACAAUACGAUAGUUUUAAUAGUAUACUACAUUUUAAAUUACUCUAGUAUUGGGUUUGCUCUGACAUACCUAUUUUUGAUCAAUAAACUGUAAAAAGAUUAUUUCCGCUAGUUUACUAGGUACUUUUAAAAUGCUAUAAAAUUCGUAUUGCACGGUUUAAAAUGCUGAUGUAAAACAAACUGUGUGAGCGACAUUGAAAAAGAUUUCAUUUGUGUGACUAGUGUUUCCCAGCAAGUGGUCACGAAAACCUUGCACGAUUACCUGCUGACAGAUUACGACUCGAACCUCAUACCUAUCUGCAGCACAGGCUCUAAUGUUACUUUAGAUAUGGAUCUAGCCCUGAGACAAAUAAUGGACUUGAAUGAAAGGGAGCAAAUACUUACAACAAAUAUUUGGCUACGACUGAAAUGGAACGACUGCAGACUUGAAUGGACCCCUGGUUCCAACAGUAAUCUCAGUAACAUUAUGCUUACAUAUAAUGACGUCUGGAUCCCUGAUAUCACACUGUAUGAUAGUGCAGCCGACGAGGUUAUGUUUCCUGGAGUAGAGAGUUUCCGAGCGUACGUGUCCUCUUCCGGUUCCUUGACGUACAACUUUCCGACAGUAGCUAAAUCCAUCUGUAGAGUCAAUGUGAAAUACUUCCCAUUCGAUACACAGGAAUGCCCACUACAGUUUGGAUCCUGGUCUCAUCACGGUUUUGACCUUGACAUUGUCAAUAGAAACGCAAAAGUUGGUGUUUCAGGUGACCUGGAUAACUACAUUGAGAAUGCCGAAUGGACCGUUGAGAAAAUACCGGUUGAACGUCACGUGCUGUAUUAUAAUUGUUGCCCCGAACCAUAUCCUGACGUUACGUUUUACAUCGUCAUGAGGAGGCGGCCUGCAUUUUACCUUCUUACCAUGAUAUUCCCGUGCAUAUUGACGUCAUGUGUGGCAGCGCUUGGGUUCUUGUUGCCUACAGAGUCUGGCGAGAAAGUUUCACUCGAGAUUACCGUGCUACUUUCUCUGGCUGUAUUCUUGUUACUUGUUUCCGAAUCGUUACCACCAUCUUCAGACAACUUCCCUAUUAUAGGAUCAUAUUUUGCGAGCUCGAUGGUUCUCGUGUCCCUGUCCCUCUUACAGACCGUACUGGUGAUCAAUGUCUUCUAUAGAGGAACUAACGGACGAAAAGUACCCAGAUGGGCAAGAAAAAUAUGUUUUCAGUAUCUGGCAAGAUUUCUGUGUAUAAGAUCUAACAAAGUUGAGACAAUCAGAGAAAAGGAGGAGAAGGAGCAAGAGAGUCACUCAACAAAACUGGAUCCUUCGUUCGAACCAUAUGAAAGUGCCACUGAUACCGAAUUGCGCGUGGUUGAAAACUCUGAAAAUAGAACAGAAAUUCCAAAUAACUCACAAACAUUAAAUCAAGCAGUCAAAAGGAAUGGUGUCUUACCAAGCUUUGUGAUUCGGGAUCCCACGGUAGAAGCGCUGAAAGACCAAACGCGAUACGUCAGGGUUAUUGCGGAACAUUAUACUCAACAGAAAAGAGAAGCUGAUGUGAAUUCAGAGUGGAGAGAUCUCUCAAACAUUUUAGACAGAGUGUUUCUGAUUAUGUAUUUGCUGGUUACAUGUAUUACAACUUUGUCAUUACUCUUACAGUGUUUGUAACAUGGCCCUUGUUGGCGUGCUAACUUGCCUGAGCAAACAAUCAACAUAUUCGGAUAUAAACAAGUCGACUUUAUGUUAUAGUGCUUGCAACUGAGACCUUCGCUAUAUCAUGCUAACUUGCUACGCAAUCAACCCGAUUACAUGCAUUAACCAGACAGUCAUUGUAAAUAGAACAUUGCGAUCGUGCUAACUUGCUAGGCAAACAACCCGUUUAUAUACAUUAAUAUUAAAAUGAGUAAAACAAAGAUUUUACCCACGUGUUAAUUUAUCGGACAAACAACCCAAAUAAGCAUAGUUAUCUUACACUGUUUGUAAUUUCGUGCUUAAAUGCUAUAUACGUACGCAUCAGUCUUCCAGUGUUUGUAACUGAGACAUUGCUUUCAAGUUAAUGAAUGAGAUACGCACUGAAUUGUUUUGUUGUUGUAAUACACUAGAUACACAGAUGCUGUGACAUAAAUGCAGUUAAAACACUUGCAAAGUAGUCAUACUAACAAUGCAAUUAUAAUCAUGUUAUUGCAAUUCUUUAUGCGCGUAUAAAUGCUGCUGUAAUAAGUAUGUGUGAACAGCAGUUUUGACAAGCGAUACCUUUCAAACUUCUGUAUAUACAUGUUUUUACAUGUAAUGUGUAUGUAUAUUCCCACUGUUGCGGUUCUUGUACAUGUAUAUAUCCCACUUUUUGUUUGUUUUUUUGUUUUGUUUUUGAUCGUUUUUUUUUAUCUGCAUUUCUCAUUAUUUUGUACUGUGUACAGCAUUCCUUGUUGCUAAUGCUCAUUUUUACAUUCGGAAAAAUGUUUGAACAAUUUGUGUCUGUUUUAUCAUCUAACUACUAUACUUUCAUUUUGUUUAAAAAUGUACAUAUAUGUUUAAAAAUUUACUCAAAUAGUAAAUAUACCAAAAAAAAAAAAAAAACAUUUCAAAGUAUGGCAAAAAGAUUGAAUCACAACUGCAUUUAUACAGUAAAUUAAAGGGACCGUCCCUUGCGGAUGCAAACUUAUAUUAUUGAUUGUAUUGUAUACAAAGAUAGAUAUUUACAUGGAUCAGGGAUUUGAGACAGAAACAUCUAGAAAAAAAUGAAAACAAAACGAAAAAUGUAGUAAUGAUAGAAUUUUACAAUUUUAACAUAAUAACAAUGUUAAUCAAUUAAUAACAUACCUGAUGUGAGGUGAAAAUUUCAUUCACGUCGUCGACCCGUGCAUGUUACAGGCUAUGUUUUCUCUGUAAUCGUUUUUUGGCAUUUCCCGGCUGGUUGCUUGCAUGAGCUAUAGUACAGGCCAAAACUAUUGAUGUAGAAUUCGGAAAUGACGUAAUCGCAUGGAACUUGCUGAUCGUCACGAAGGGCUCUGCCUAGUGCCAUGAGAAUAAAACUUUUGCUAACGUAUUCCAACAGAUGAAUUGCCAAAUAGUUUUUUAAUAGAAACAUAUUUGUGGUUAAUAAGAUGCCUCUUGUAGGAUUAAUAUUGGUGUUAUGGUGUUUUACCAUGCACAUAUAAAAUGAUCGUACAGUACUUGUCAAUAAUCAUGGAUUUACAUUGAUAUGUGUAACGAUGACCAUUUGAUUUUCAAUAAUUUUAUGCUAUUGUAUAUAUGUUUUACUGAUGUUUGUAUAUCGAUGAGAUUACUAUAUUUUAUAUCUAUGCUGUCAUAUCUAUGCUGUCAAACUUUAUUAAAGCUUUGAGAAAGA